UAUUAUUCAAUAAGACCCACUAUCUUUGACCAUGCCUCGCGAGCGACCUUACGCUUACCCCGUGACCAACUCGGAACUCAUCAGGAUCCACAACCUCGCAGUCCAUCCCGAGGGCGGUUACUUUUGCCAGACCACCGCAGUCGCCUCGUACGUCCCGGAUUCCCCCCAAUGGCCGGAUGACCUGCCCAAAUCCGAUCUCGUCCACGGCAAGGGAAGGGAGCAGAUUGGAUGGGGACCAGCCGCACAGGUCACAGGAGGCUCGACUGAUGACCCCAAUCCCAAGGGCAAAGACCACGAGCUAGACGCGACAGCUAUCUAUUACCUCUUGACCGGAGACAAUCCCAAAGGAACCCUGCACAUGAACGCUCAUCCACACUUUCAUUGUCUCCACGCGGGUAGAUCCCGCUACACCCUUAUUCAUCCCUCCGCCGACGCUCCAGUGAUACAAACCAUCACCAUGGGCCCCAUGGGCCCCAUCGUGGAUGAAGGAGAAGUCACUCAGGUUUUUGGUCCCCGGGGGUGUCUGGAAGUGCAGCGCGAUCCCAGAUGAAGAUCUGGAGCUCAUCAAGCAAGGCAAAAGGGAAUCAGAACACGUCGGAGCGCUCAUCAGCGAAGUCGUGGUGCCUGGAUGGUAUCCUGGCCAGUUUCAAUUCCUGACAGAGGACAAGCUCAAAGCCCUGUUUCAUGGCAAAGAUGGUUGGCAGCAGUACACUCAAGCUAUCCAUACAGACGCUUAA